AUGACGACUUCCCUGAUCCUGCAUCCUCACUGGGCGGACACCUUGAUGUACGUGUAUGAAACGAGCCCGAAUGAAAAGAAUCCCAAGAAAAGCCCAGCAGACAUGGAGGGACUGAGUGGGAACUGUGCGAGCAGUCACUGCAGGGAUUUUAUCUCUCACCCAGCACUGGGGCGCCAUUCCAGCUCCAUCGGAAGCCACCAAGGACCUGUGUACACGGAUAUUACCUCCCCGGAGGCUGGCAGGCAGUGCUCGGGGGCCACAUCUUCCUCUAAUGCCUCCCUGGGCUAUGCCUACCCCUUCGGCAGCAGCUACUACGGCUGCAGGUUGUCUCAGUCCCACAACGUCAAUUUGCACCAGAAGCCCUGCUCCUACCACCCCAGCGACAAAUACCCCGAGCCCAGCAACCCCAUCCCCAGCGAAGACUUCUCCUCCAGGGCCAAGGAGUUUGCCUUUUACCCCAGCUUUGCCAGCUCCUACCAGGCGGUCCCCGGCUACUUGGACAUGUCAGUGGUGCCCGGGAUCACCAGCCAUCCGGAGCCUAGGCACGACACCCUCCUGUCUAUGGAGGGCUACCAGCACUGGGCACUGCCAAACGGCUGGGAUGGCCAGGUCUACUGCUCCAAGGAUCAGAGCCAGCCCAGCCAUCUGUGGAAGGCACCUUUCCCAGAUGUGGUGCCCCUCCAGCCAGAGGUUAGCAGCUACCGCAGGGGCAGGAAAAAGAGGGUUCCCUACACCAAAAUCCAGCUGAAGGAACUAGAAAAGGAGUAUGCAGCCAGCAAAUUCAUAACCAAAGAGAAGAGACGAAGGAUCUCCACGGCCACCAGUCUGUCUGAGCGCCAGGUCACAAUAUGGUUUCAGAAUCGAAGAGUCAAAGAGAAAAAAGUCAUCACCAAAUGCAAAUCCUCUCACCUUCACAAUACCUGA